UAAAUUGAUUCACUACGUACUUAGGACUCAACUUGAUUCACUAAAGAUUAUUCUGAUUAUUGCAUACUGAUUAAACUAUUUGUACUCUCGUUGAUGACUAAUCCGUUUCUUUUCAAGUCAAAAUGAUCGUCUUCGUUUCUUAUAGUUUUUAUUUGAUCUUUGACUUUAGCCUCCUUACAAAUUAAGUACAUUUCACAUUUUGGAUAACAAUUGUUUGGUAAUAUUCAUCUUUUUGCGGAUGAUAACUUCACUUUUUCCUCUUCAGGCUGCUGUCUAAAAUUUCCUCUUUGACUUUUGAGAAUCUAAUUCAUUUUUCUAUGUACAAUUGAAACCUCCAAGAAUAUUUUUUAUUAGGUUUUUACAUGACUCUUGGAACGUUUGAUCUGUAUUUCUCAAUUCACUUUUUCCGAAUGACAAUAUAAUGAAAUUUGAUGGAAAACAUAUUGUUGAAAAUUAUAACCAAGUUAUACUAAUUUGCUAUGCAUGCAUGUGGUAGAGUCUCACGUUAGACUUCUUCUAUUCAAAAGAAAGAAAAACAAACACAAAAGACAAAUAGUGAUUCCACCAAUUCAUACAUUAAUCAACAUUCUAAAAUAGGAAUUGUCUUUCUCUCUCUAUUAUAUUGGCUAUAUAUAUACAUAAUACUUCAUACUUUUAAAGCAACCUUAAGUCUUUGAAUUAUAUAGAAUUCAUCUCUCUCUCUCUCUCUUUCUAUUUCUCUGAAUUUAUACCCAAAGAUUUUCAUGGCCGUUCGUCUAGUAACCAUCGGGAUCUUCAUUGUCUUUGUCAUCAUCGUCGUGGCCUUGCCGUCACCGGUUUCUUCAAGAAAGCUAUUGGAGAUGAAAAAACAAGAGAACUUGACGGUAAGAGAAGAAGAGAAGAGUCAUGUACCUCACGUGACCAACACCACUACGCUAGCAGCUUUGCCAAAGGGCAAAAUCCCAAACUCGACGCCGAGCAAAAAGGGUCACGCCGCCAUCUCAGCCGUGAAGACCCGAUCUCGACAUCUUUCCACCGUUGACCGGUUUCUGCAAUCCGUUCCAAGUCCGGGCGUUGGCCAUUGAUAGUCUUCGUUAGAUUAGAUUCCUUUUCCAAUUUUAAAAAGUUUAGUACAUUAUUUUUCUGACUAUAUUAUGAUACGAAAUUUCCACGAGGUAGACCAUUGUUUAGGGACUUUAUACAUUCUUUUUUAUUUUAUUUUUUUAAAUUA